AUGCCCUAUCCUAGCUCCUGCCCCCCUGCGUUUCUAGCCCCGAUGGCACUGUUGCUUGCUCUGAUGGCUCAUCUCUCCCUUUCCUCCCAAGCUGGAGACAGGAGAACUUUUCCUGUAGACAAAUCUCAAGGUGUGAAGGAAAAGACCCUGGUUCUUCUUGAUGUGAGCACCAAGAGCCCUGUCAGGACAGUCAAUGAAAACUUCCUCUCUCUGCAGUUGGAUCCUUCCAUCAUUCAUGAUGGCUGGCUCGAUUUCUUAAGCUCCAAACGGCUGGUGACCCUGGCCCGGGGACUCUCCCCUGCCUUCCUGCGCUUCGGGGGCAAAAGGACCGACUUCCUCCAGUUCCAGAACCUGAGGAACCCGGCUAAAAGCCGCGGGGGCCCCGGCCCAGAUUACUAUCUCAAGAACUACGAGGAUGAUAUUGUCCGAAGUGACAUCGCCCUGGAUAAGCAAAAAGGCUGCAAGAUUGCUCAACAUCCGGAUGUGAUGCUGGAACUGCAGAGGGAGAAAGCAGCUCAGAUGCACCUGGUUCUCUUAAAGGAACAGUUCUCCAAUACAUACAGUAACCUCAUAUUAACAGCCAGGUCUCUAGACAAACUUUAUAACUUUGCUGACUGCUCUGGACUCCACCUGAUAUUUGCCCUGAACGCACUGCGCCGUAAUCCCAAUAACUCAUGGAACAGCUCGAGUGCCCUGAGCCUUUUGAAGUACAGUGCCAGCAAAAAGUACAACAUCUCUUGGGAGCUAGGAAAUGAGCCUAAUAACUAUCGGACCAUGAAUGGCCGCGCGGUGAAUGGCAGCCAACUGGGGAAGGACUACAUCCAGCUGAAAAGCCUGCUGCAACCAAUUCGGACUUACUCUAGAGCCAGCUUGUAUGGACCUAAUAUCGGGCGCCCGAGGAAGAAUGUCAUAGCUCUCCUCGACGGGUUCAUGAAAGUGGCUGGGAGCACUGUGGAUGCUGUUACCUGGCAACACUACUACAUUGAUGGCCGGGUGGUCAAAGUGAUGGACUUCCUAAAAACACGACUCUUAGAUACACUCUCCGACCAGAUUCGGAAAAUCCAGAAAGUGGUAAACACAUACACCCCAGGAAAGAAGAUUUGGCUGGAAGGAGUUGUAACCACCUCUGCUGGAGGCACGAACAACCUAUCUGAUUCCUACGCAGCUGGAUUCCUGUGGUUGAACACUUUAGGAAUGUUGGCCAACCAGGGCAUUGACGUUGUGAUUCGACAUUCAUUUUUUGACCAUGGAUACAAUCACCUCGUGGACCAGAAUUUUAACCCAUUACCGGACUAUUGGCUGUCUCUCUUGUACAAACGGCUGAUUGGCCCCAAGGUCUUAGCGGUCCACGUUGCCGGUCUGCAGAGGAAGCCACGGCCUGGCAGGGUGAUCCGGGACAAGCUAAGGAUCUACGCUCACUGUACCAGCCAUCACAACCACAACUAUGUCCGUGGAUCCAUUACCCUUUACAUCAUCAACCUGCAUCGAUCAAGAAAGAAAAUCAAACUGGCCGGAACACUCAGGGACAAGAUCGUUCACCAGUAUCUCCUGCAACCCUACGGGCAGGAAGGGCUCCAGUCCAAGUGAGUGAA